AUGCGAGGAAUCGAUUUGUUGCCGACUGUAACAAAUGUUGAGGUUCACAGUCAUACACCUGAUGAUAUUAUUUUCUCUAUUCUGUCCAAACUCUCUCUCAAAUCUUUCAAGCGAUUUCAAUCUGUAUGCAAAUCAUGGUGUCUUCUCUUUGAUGAUCCUUAUUUUUUCAACAUGUACAAAAAAUCUUUCUUAGCAAAGGAUUUAUCUUAUUACGAUGAUACAUCUCUCCUCUUGUAUCUGUUUGGUGAAGACUCUCAAAAUCAUUUGUAUUCUCUUACCGGUGAGAGAUUUGAGAGUAGAGUCAAAUUACAGUUUCCAAAGCCGUUUCUGGGAAGAUCACUACCAUUUCCACUUAAUCAUCACUAUGGUCUUGUAAGUUUGGGUUCAUCUAGUAUUAAUGGCAUUCUUUGUCUUCACUGUAAUUACAACGGUGUUAAGAAACUUAUAUUGUGGAAUCCAACUACCAAGGAACUAAACAAAAUUCCUUCCAAUCGAGACGCCUCAACAUCAUCAUCAUCGUAUAAUCGGAUGGAUUCUUAUGAUCAUUAUCUAGUUGGUUAUGACCGCUUUAAAGAUGACUAUAAGGUCAUUCGAAUCAUAUUUCGGAGAUCAUCUAACCCUGAAUUCCCACAUAUUUCUUGUGAGUUAUAUAGCUUAAGUAGCAACUCUUGGAAGAAAAUGGAUGAUCAUAUUCACAUGCCUAGAUGUCAUGCAAUCAACGACGAAGUGUACAUGGAUGGAGUGUCUCAUUGGGGGGAUAGAACUGGAACACAGACGUGUGUAGUGUCAUUUGACUUCACCACUGAAUCUUUCAUUACAACACCCAUUCCUUCUUAUAUUGAUGAUGAUGACGAUGAUAGUUUAGCCCUCAUUCAUGGUUGUAAAGUAUCGAGACACUUGCUGAUAUUGAAUGGAUCUAUUGCUUUCAUCUUAAUUUAUUUGGAUAUGUCUACCAUUCACAUUUCAAUUUUAGGGGAAAUCGGUGUAAAAGAGUCGUGGAUUAAACUCUUCGUUGUCGGGAUCUCACCUGACCUUAAGUAUCCAGUUGGAGCGGGAAAGAAUGAAACACUAACAGUAGAAACUGUAGCAGAAGCCAUGCCGGACAGGGAGAUAUCGUCGACUGCAACAAAUGUUCAAGUUCGAAGUUAUACACCUCAUGAUAUUGUCUUCUCUGUUCUGUCUAAACUUGCUCUCAAAUCUUUCAAGCGAUUUCAAUCUGUAUGCAAAUCACGUCCUUUUUGUUUGUUGAUCCUUAUUUCAUGA